CACGUGUAUGAGGAGAACGUCAGGAACAGCGAGGCUGUUCUUCGAAGAUACUCAGAACUGCUAGAGAGAGUCAGUAAAGGAGGGGGAGAAAAUGCCAUCUUGCGUCACACUCAGAGGAACAAGAAGCUGUUUGUCCGUGAGCGCCUGAAGUUGCUGCUGGAUGAUGAGUCUUUCCUUGAGCUGUCUCCCCUGGCAGGCCUUGACAUGCCCUAUGGGGAUGUCCCUGCUGCUGGCUGCCUCACUGGAAUUGGCAAGAUCUGUGGGAUCUGGUGUGUCUUGGUGGCAAGUGAUGCAACUGUGAAAGGAGGAACUGUGUAUCCAAUUGGAGUGAAGAAGCAACUGAGAGCUCAAGAAAUAGCCAUGCAGAACAGGCUGGUGUCUGUGUACCUCACUGACAGUGGGGGGGCAUUCCUACCACUACAGGCCGAGAUGUUUCCUGACAAGCUGCACGGUGGCAGGAUGUUCUACAAUGAAGCCAUCAUGUCUGCCAUGAGGAUCCCUCAGGUGGCAGUGGUGUGCGGCUCCUGUGUGGCCGGGGGUGCCUACAUUCCAACCAUGGCAGAGGAAAACGUGAUGGUGGAUAAGAUCGGGACACUCUUCCUUGCUGGCCCACCUCUGGUCAAAGCUGCUACAGGUGAACAGGUCUCUCCCGAGGACCUAGGAGGAGCCAAACUUCACGCUGAAGUCAGUGGCUGUACUGACCAUUUUGCACCUUCAGAAGAGGAAGCCUAUGACUACGUUCGAAAUGUCAUCUCCACGUUGAGCUACGAGCCCCUGCCAGAGGAGCUGCAGGAGCAUGACAGCCCCCUGUACAGCUCGGAGGAGCUCCUGGGCCUGGCACCACAGGAUUACAGGUGUACUCUUCCUGUGAAACUGAUUCUGAGCCGUCUGCUGGAUGGAAGCAGAUUCCAGGAAUUCAAGGCUAAUUAUGGGACAACGUUAGUAACAGGAUUUGGCCACGUGGAAGGGCACUUGAUGGGGAUAGUAGCCAGCAACGGGGAGCUGUCUCAUGAUGCUUCUCUCAAGGGCAGCCACUUCGUGCAGCUCUGCAGUCAGAGGAGCAUCCCCAUCCUCUUUCUCCAAAAUACUGCUCCACCUCCAGCAGAGCCAACAGGCAUCUCACAGGCAGAGGCUCACUCCAGCAGGCUGAAGGCCCAGGCCUCCAUGAUGGCAGCUGUUGCCUGCGCUGCUGUUCCCAAAAUAACCGUCGUCAUCGGCGGCUGCUUCGGCAGCGACAGCUACGCCAUGUGUGGGAGAUCGUUCAGUCCAAACUUUCUGUUCCUGUGGCCUAAUGCAAGAGUUGCCCUUGUGGAUCCAAGACAUUUCUCUACAGUCCCACGAGCUGGGGAUGGUGACUGUACAGGAGAUGAAUCAGAGCUAAAACAGCUGAGAGAAAAGCUAGAGGAAGAAAGCAGUGCCUUUUACUCCUCUGCCAGACUCUGGGAUGAUGGUGUAAUUCUACCUCAAAACACUAGAAAGGUGAUUGCCCAGUGUUUGGAGAUCACAGAGCAGCAGAAGUACCAGGUGGUUUCUCCAUCUCAGUACCCUGUCAUCAGGAUGUGA